GAGGAGGAGAAACGCGCGCAUGCGCAUCGGCUGCCGGUUCGUGUUUCCGUGGCUUCUGAGGCAAGGCGACGUGAGGCGGGUUCUUACAAAGGAUAUAUUUGACGGGGUCCUGUCUUCCUCUGAGGAUCUCUGCUCUGGCUGUGCCUGUUAAAUGAUUUUAGUUCGUUCUUUGAUGAAAAUGGCAGCCAACAAUGCAGUCCUAAACAGACUGGAGCAGAAAGGUGCAGAGGCAGAUCAAGUUAUUGAAUACCUCAAGCAGCAAGUUGCUCUUCUAAAGGAAAAAGCUAUCUUGCAGGCAUCUCUGAGGGAAGAGAAGAAACUCCGAGUUGAAAAUGCUAAACUGAAGAAAGAAAUUGAGGUGCUGAAACAGGAAUUGAUCCAGGCAGAAAUUCGAAAUGGAGUGAAGCAAAUCUCAGUACCAACCAGCGAAACACCUUCUACAGCAUCUUUUUCAGAAGGUUUUUCUCAGCCAGCAUCUGCUGCAAUAACCCCAUCUGCUCCCAAGGACCAGCCCAAAGGAGCAAGUGAAGAAAAGAAGAAAAAAGAUAAAGCGGAAAAGAAAGGGGAAAAGAAGGAGAAGAAGCAGCAGUCAGCAGCAAGUGAUGACUCAAAGCCUUUGGAUGUUUCCCGGCUUGAUUUUCGUAUUGGUUGCAUCACAACAGCAAAGAAACACCCUGAUGCAGAUACUCUAUAUGUUGAGGAGGUUGAUGUUGGAGAAGCAAGUCCUAGAACUGUUGUCAGUGGUUUAGUGAAACAUGUUCCUUUAGAAGAGAUGCAAAACCGGAUGGGAAUAUUUCUCUGUAACCUGAAGCCAGUAAAAAUGAGAGGGGUGAUAUCCCAGGCGAUGGUGAUGUGUGCUAACACACCAGAGAAGGUGGAAAUUCUAGUUCCUCCUAGUGGGGUUGUUCCUGGGGAGAGAAUCACAUUUGAAGGCUAUUCUGGUGAACCUGAGAGAGAACUGAAUCCCAAGAAGAAAAUCUGGGAACAGAUCCAGCCUGACCUUCAUACCAAUGAUGAGUGUGUUGCUACCUACAAAGGAGUGCCAUUUGAAGUGAAAGGGAAAGGUGUAUGCAAGGCUCCUACGAUGGCCAACAGUGGAAUCAAAUAAACAUAAUCAGUUAUGGAACAGUUUGAGGAUCAUUUUUAAUGAAAAAUAACAUUUCCUCACCUCAAACCUGAAAUUUGUUCAUUUUGUUACAUCUGCUACUAAAGGUGUGACUAACAGCUUCAUGGCUAACAACUUCAAAACUCUUUUAUUGCCUCCUUUCUUGCAUAUAAAUAGAAGCAUUAAUUAUAUUAGGGUAAGUCUUGGUUUCACACUGAACAAGAGGCCAUUACAUUGAUCUGGAAGUAGUUUGAAGAAUUUGCAUACAAUACUAGCUAAUGUAGCCAUCCACCUGGUACAUAACAGUGAACUUGUUUGAGAGCUGAAGCACUGAUGAGCUUUAUUUUUGAGGUUAUAUAUGCUGUAUGUUUAUUGUUCUACUAUUCAUGUCAAAAAUGAGAUUUGUCAUCUUAAUUUCACAAAGACCAUGCAUGUAGACUAUUGCACACAUUUCCAAAGGUUUCUGUAUAGUGCAUUAAAUCAUAUUGGAAUAUUA